CAUCCCGAUCGAGCUCUCGUUCUUUUUCCCUUUGGUGAAUGACAACGAGGGGGGUAAAUGGAUUGAGGGGAGCCACGCAGGACACAGUUGGAUGAGGAGGAAAGGAGGAGGGGGUGCGCGCGUGUGACAGCCAUUGGACAUUUCCAUUCCCACCAGUCGGGAAGAGGAUAGAAUCUCUCCAUCUGGAUCGGCGCAGUUAAAAAUCACCAGCGGAUCGUCCCACGCACCAUGCGAGCAGGUGAGACGCGCCCCGGGCCAUGCUGAACAAGUGUCGGACCCUGCUGCUGGCGCUGACCGCGGUGGCCGGACUUGUCCAGCGAUGCCAGAGCUGGAGCGACGAGGACAUGCUGCUGCCGCCCGUCAACUCCUCCAACAGGUUCCUGGCCGACUUUGGGGUGGACGUGCGCUUGUCCAAGAGGUCCGCGGAAGGGAGCGAAGCGUCCCCGGACGCGUCGUCGUCCCUGCAGACGCCGUCCCAAUGCAACGUGAGCGUCCAGAGACUGCUGCCCUCCUCGUUGGUGGCCCGCUGGGACAGCAGCUUCGGCUUCCAGUGCGACGUGCUCAUCUACACCACCAACAACCACGGACGGGCUUUUUUCUCCGCCUCGUUCAACCGGGCCAUCUCGCCCGUCAUCAUCGAGCAUCUGGGGACCACCGGGGGUCAGCAGGAGUUGAGGCUAUGCGUGGGUUGCGGGCUGUCCCGCUACAGGAGGCUCGUCCCCGGCAGGGCGAGGGGCCAGCAGAGCGGCGAUCAAGUCACGUUUUGCUGCGUGGAUUUCAGCCUCGACGAGCUGAAGGGUGACAAAAGUUGGAGGCUGAACAGAAAGCCCAUCGAGUCCACACUUGUGGCUUGUUUCAUGACUCUGGUCAUUAUUGUGUGGAGUGUUGCUGCUCUCAUAUGGCCGGUUCCUAUCAUUGCAGGCUUCCUACCUAAUGGGAUGGAGCAGAGAAGACCAAGAUGACUGAUCUGAUCUGACGAGCCCGUGCUGCCUAUACCUAAAAUUAAUUGUAGCCAUUAUACUCCUUGCCACAAUGAAUGAAUGACUGUUAAUUGAAAUGUAGGUCAUUUGGAAUUCCAACAAACCUCUUCAGAGGAACAAGGUAGGAAUGUUCUCUAUGUAUGCGUGAGUUCUAGUGGGACCAAUCUGUUUUUGUAUACUUGUAGGCCUAUAUAGCCAAAUAUGUCAGCGUAUAUCGUGCACAAUUUUCUCUCAAAACCGUCUUUGUAGUUUUCAACCUUUCUAGAAUGUUUGCCUUAUACCUCGUGUAGAACUUUUGCACUGCACAUGUACUGAAAACAUAUAAUCGUUGUAUAAAAUGUACGCCUUUUCUGACAAAGGAGUUGUUGAAGUGGUUUUCACUUUUCAGUGUUUUUAAUGAUAGAUUUAUAAUAUCAAGAUCAAUAUACAGUAUGUGUUUUAUUUGUAUCUGUUACAAUAUAAACAAUAUACAUUACAAUAAAAUAUUAGACAUUUUAUCUAUGCUGUUUAUUUUGUGAUUUAAAAAUAAGUUUUCUUUUUGCACUAGAACACAUCUUGAGAAGCAAAUGAUUGGAAAUGUGGGAAUUUUAAAAAUGACAAAAUUGUGAUUGAUGACUGAAUCUGUCUGCCCCACUCCUAAUGGGGAGAAAAAUGUCUGUUUGUACAAUAUGAGAAGCAGUAUAGCCUAUAGGGAUGGUUAUUGAUUAGAAAUGACUGAUCCCUGUUCCAUUAUCAAUACUCCUUAUCGAUACAUUUUCCCAUCGAUUCUCAUUGUUUGAGGAGAAGAAAUAAAUUCAAAUGAUAUAUGAUAUCAAUGAUAAUCUCUACAUAAGUCUGAUAUCAGGCCUUUAUUGACUGACAUUUGCUAAUAUGCAUUGCUUGAGGGUUUCUGUGGCGAACAUAAUUGAAUUCCGGAGGAAAGAAAAAGCAUUUUAAAUGCCUCCAAAGGCAGAAACGUGACAAACAAGCCAUUCAUACGCAUUGUGCCAAACCCCGCGACUCCCUGCUGUGCACUUUAAAGGGAACACUAUCACCCAGACAUAUCUGCAGAAAAGGCUCCACUACUCCUGAGGCUUUGGGUUUUUUUUUUUUAAAUACCCAUUCAUGGCCACAUUCAAGAUGAUUUGUUGUCUUUUGUCUUUUUAAGCUUCUGGUUUUCAAAAAUCCUCUAAUCAUGAAAAACAGGUCAGACUAAGCUUUGUUACUUAGUUAAGGCGUUGCUUCAAUUUGUAUGCGAAGUUGUGAAGAAAAAAAACCCCUAGUACAUUUCAGU